UAGGUUGCCGCUCGCUUUUUACCAAAGGCUUUCCUUUCAUUCACAUUUACCUGUGUCGUCGUUAAUUCCCUCUUCGUACGACACGGCCCCAAACAGCGGCGACGAUACCUCCUACGACGUGCUAACCUUGAAAAAUAUCAUAGAGACCGCUCAUUAAUUUUCGUAUCACGCGAUAGACAGUCCGCUUGAACCCGCAUGAUGAAGAGCGCAAUGAAGAGCGCGACAUCACGAUAUCUGCUGCUCCUUGUAGUGGCGUCUUGUUUUUUGCUUUCAGUUGCACAUGCUCCACAUCAGCUACUUGAAGAGCGAAAGCCUAAUCUUCAUGUACGCCAACAAAGUAUAUCUGUGCCUCUCGUGGGAGCCACAAGUACGACCCCCACAACUACGCCGCCCACCACAACUCCUACCACUACAGCUCCGCAAACGACGACAACGCCGUCGACUACAUCGACACCUCCUACUACUACCCCGACCCAAACGACGACCACGCCAUCGCCAACCUCCACUACCGCCCAGACCACCACCACACCACCUUCCCAGACCAUUGCCACUACCCCGACCACAGCUCCCCCUCCGUUGACCACCUCGGUGCAAACUAGCACCAAUUCUGCUGGCGAGGUAGUUUACAGCACUGUUGUCAUUACACCCACGUCCGACCCGAGCUCGUCGAGCACACAAUCUUCUCCUACUAGCAGUAGUAGCUCUGAUAGCUCUAGUGGCCUUGGCACAGGCUCCAUUGUUGGUCUUUCUGUAGCGGGUGGCGUUGCAGUUAUUGGCAUCAUCUCAUUCUUUAUUUGGAAAUUCACCAGAAAACGCUUCGCAGACUUUGAUGACAGUGCGUUUUUUGAUUUAUGACUUGUAAAUCUAUCAUGACCUCACGAUUUCACAACCGCAUUAGAUGAAGCAAUCAAGUGGCCAGAACUGAACACCCAUGGCUCUGAUGUCCAUGCGUUGCCAACUAAAUCUACGGGCCGGUCAGGUUUCGGCGCAGAAAAUGAGUCCGAGGUGAACCUCGCACGCGCACCCAGUCCCGGUGGAUACGCCCAUUCCGUAGCC